GCGUGCGUGGUAGCAGGUUGGCAUUUUCAGAAUGACAUUUUAAUUUUGACAACAACUAUUUGCAUUCACGGUGCAUUGGCUGGUCCUUGCCUGUCGAAACUAUAGCCACUCCUUGUAAAUGACACGUUAGUUCCGCCCUAUUCGCUGGAAAAGUGCUUAGCUCACCUGUGCACUUCUAUAAACGGUCAGGUAAAGGUAGGAAGAGCACUUCCUGGAACGGUGACAGUUAUGGCCGAAUCCCAGCUUAUGUGCAUGGACGAUGACCACGUCAAUGAAAAAGUACCGGAAUCCAAACCGGAGUUCUACUACAGCGAAGAGCAGCGUGCGGCGAUCGAGCAGCUCUUGAAGAACGGUGACGGCGCUUUCAAGAUGCGGCUGAAAGAGGACAAAGUUAAAGACUUUCUCUCAGCCCGUGAGGUUAAGUGGAUCCGGGAAACGUUCCGUGAAUAUGACACAGAUGGUGCCACAGACAAAGGGCGGGCCGGAACGGCGAAGGGGUCCAAAGCGGCGAAGGAGUCCAAAGCGGCGAAGGAGUCCAAAGCGGACUCCGGUGUUCAUUCCACUUACUGGCCUGAGCUUUCAGAUACGGAGAUUCCACCACUUGACAUCGGCUGGCCGGACGGGGGGUAUUACAAAGGCGUGACGCGAGUGGCAGUGCACACGCACCCACCCAAGCAGAACGGACCCCACAUUAAAGAGGUGGUUCGUAGACUGAUCCAAGAAUCCAAUAAGGUGAUUGCGCUGGUCAUGGACCUCCUCACCGACCUCCAGAUCCUGCAGGACCUGAUGGACGCCGCGGCCAAGCGGAGCGUGGCCGUCUACAUCAUCCUGGACGCCCGGGGCGUCCCCCACUUCCUGGACAUGUGCGGCAGGCUGCAGGUCAGCCCCAUGCACCUCCGGAACAUUCGUGUGCGGACAGUGGAGGGCUCUGGGCUGGGCCUGGCGAAGGGGAAGCUCCCUGGCUCUCUCUGCAGCAAAUAUAUGCUGGUGGACGGAGACAAAGUCAUGUUCGGGUCAUAUAGCUUCACAUGGAGCACCUCCCGCGUGGACAGGAACAUGAUCACCAUCAUGACGGGCCAGGUGGUGGACUUCUACGACAACGACUUCCGGGAAAUGUACGCCAUCUCGGAGAGCGUGGACCUGUACAAGGAGUUCCACAUCACCAGGCCGCCCAAGCCCGUGCCGGGCCGCUCCACGGCCAGCCUCCGGCCCACCUCCAACGUGUGCACCUCCCGCUUCCAGGUCUCCCUGGGCGACUCCCGCCAAGCCAACUUCAAGAUCCCCGCGCACAAGUACCACAACCCCAAAUACUUGCUGGUGGUGGGGAACAGCGCGGCCAUGGGCUCUCUGCAGGACCUGGCCGCCAGGAGGGACUCGCAGGGCGCGGAGAGCGUCUUCAACGUCAUGGAGAGGUUCCUCCAGAGCAGCGCCGGCAGCGAGAAGCCGGACGAGUUCGCCCCGCUGCCCAUGGCCGAGCCCCAUGGGAAAGACUCCAAGAAGCUCAACGGCCCCGGCGGGAAGAAACAGCGCAGCUCCUUCAGGCUCUUCCUGAAUCGCAAGACGGCCACUCCGAGCGUGCCCGAAGAGGGGGAGAGCACGCCCACUACUCCGAACCCCUCCCCCACGCACAAAGCCCUGGGGGCCGUGAGGGGGGGGCUGGUCGAAAGCUGCGAGGCCCUGGCCUCGGAGAAGCCGUCGCCGCCAAAAGGGAAACUCAAGAAGAAACUGAGCCAGAGGAGCAUGUCUCUGCAGGCCGUCAACACUGAAGACGGCUCAAAAGGUCGGAAGCGAAGUCAGAAGAAGACCUGUAUUCAGUCCUGAGUUGGAGGCGGAGAAAAAGAGAAAGAGAGAGAGAGAGAGAGUGUGUGUGUGUGUGUGUGUGUGUGUGUGUGAGAGAGAGAGAGAGAGAGAGAGAGAGAGAGAGAGAGAGAGAGAGAGAGAGUGCAAGCAAGCGAGUGAGCCAGAGAAAGGGGAAGGAGGCACUGAAAAGAUCAGCUUGGGCAGAGUGUAGCAAAGUGUAACAGAGUGUACCUAAGUGGACUCACUUUCUGUCAAAAGCACAAAGUGCGAAACUGUGUAAUAAAGAGACAAUGGAUGUUUAAUCACAACGAAGGGACUUUGUGCAAUACAACGUGCCUUACAGCCACAUUCCUCAUGGACAGCAGCAUCAACCCCCUCCCCCCCCCCCCCAUUCUUUUGGCACAGUGGGCUAAACAGGUCCUCCUCACAUCACAAAGGUCACCAAAAGGUCACCAGAUGGUGUCCUGCGCGGAACAAGUCACGUGCGUGAAGCCAGCGCUAAAGACCAGAGAAGGUCAGCCAGCCGUGUACAAAAGCAACAUAGCGACGCCUCAUUCGAUACACAGAUAGUGUUGCAAAACUGAAAUCUGACAGGUCAAGCUGGGUGACACUACUGGGAAAUAGCCUUGAUUCAGCAGUGUGCGUGUGCGUGCUGUAAAACCGUGUACGAGACGCUCUUCAUCUGUGAUGAUAUGCACACAGCAAUGGUUAGUCCUGACACAGCCACACCAUAAACUGUGCACACGCAAUCUUUUUAUGAGCACUAGGGUGUAUUUCAACAACCUUUAGCACCAUACAUGAGUGUUUGAGCAGCCUAUCUACUGACACCCUUUACCCUAAAAUAUGACUUCUGCUUGACCUCAGUACUAAAGCCAAUGAGACAUAUCAAGCCUCCUGGGAAGUACAGUACUAAAGAAACUUCAUUCUCUUCAUUGUUAAAAAUUACGACAAAA